AUGAAGCUUCAAGUUAGUCGCCUUCUUAUGUGGCUACAGAUCAUUAAACAUAUUUUGAAAUUGAACUGGCGACAACUUCCACACAAUCAAUCUACCAAAGUUGAUCAGGAAUUCACUGAUCCAUCGAAUCUACAGCGACACAUUAGAACACAUCACGUUGGUGCACGCAGUCACGCAUGCCCUGAAUGCGGAAAGACAUUCGCGACAUCGUCAGGACUUAAGCAACACACACACAUUCAUUCAUCGGUGAAACCGUUUCAGUGUGAAGUUUGCUUUAAAGCUUACACACAGUUCUCAAACUUGUGUCGUCACAAGCGGAUGCAUUCUGAUUGUCGAAUGCAAAUAAAGUGCAACAAGUGUGGACAGAGUUUUAGUACUGUUACGUCAUUAUCAAAGCACAAACGUUUCUGUGACUCAACCGGACCCGGAGUUAAUCUUUCGAAUAAUCAACAAAGUCAACAGCAAUCCCAGCAAAUUCCAUCAGCGAUGACAACACCACCAAAUCCAUAUUUGAUGUUUCGCAAUCAUGCAUCGUUUUUCCCACCAGGAUUUUCUCCAUUCCCUGGUCUUCAGGGAAUUUUCCCACCAAAUCCCUCACAAGCACCGCACUUUCCUUUGCUAUUCCCAAAGCAAAACUUUGAAAUUCCAUCAAUGGAUGUUAUCGAUAGAAAGACACCAACUAAAUUAAAUGUGACACAAUCACACAAUAAUGGACAUAAAUUAUCACCAUCGCAAGCUGAUGAAGCUUCAACAAAUAUGAAACCAUCACCCGCUCGACCAGCGCCAUUAAGCAUUCAAAAUUUAAUCAAUAAACAUGAUAAGAAUAUCAAUAAUAAUAACACAAUCAAUAAUUUGAAUCAUUCCAAUAACUAUGUCAAACAUGAAUAUAAUAAAUCUGAAGCGGAUAUCGAAGAAGCAUCACCAAAUCGUAGAAAUCAUUCCAAUCGUAUUAAAGACGAACGCAAUGGAACUGUUGCCAAAAAUGGAAUGGAUCACUUCAACCGCAAACGUUCUUUUUCAAUGGACACGUCGAAUGAAAUCAAAAGUAACAAUCAGAGUGAUGCUGACAUCAAGGAUGGAACGACCUCAAACGAUGAAAGUCAAACGGAACAACCUCUCGAUUUGAGUGUUACCAAGAAAAGACCGCGUAAGAAAAGCCCAGUGAAGCAAGAGACUGUCACAAGUAAUGAGCAUGAGCGAACACCGUCACCCAAAAUUGACGUUCAAAAGGAUUCACCAUCGUCGUUUAUGAUUCAACACGCAAGUCCGUCACCAUCUAUUUCACCUCGCUCUUCUUCUUCACCGACACAAACACCUACACCAUCAUCCCCAGGACCACAACCACAUCAAAUGGCUUAUCCAAGGCCCAUUCAUCCUUUACUUUUGGAUGCCAUGUACCGACCUGGUGCCCUAAAUGCCUUUCAACGUCCUUUUCCUUUUUUAGGACCAAACUUCCGUGCAGGUUUCGACCUUCUUAGCCGAAACGGUGGUGGCUUUCCUUCAAAGUCAUUUCAUGAAGCAUUAAUGUCAGCUGGCGGCUUACCGACAACACCAAAUGCUUCUUUAUCACUUGGAAAUUUAAAUGGCAACGUUCCAAAGAAUAAAGAUCGCUACAGUUGUAAAUUUUGUGGUAAAAACUUUCCACGUUCAGCAAACUUGACAAGACAUCUUCGAACACACACGGGCGAACAGCCUUAUAGUUGUAAAUAUUGUGAACGAUCCUUCAGUAUUUCAAGUAAUUUACAACGUCACGUGCGCAACAUUCACAACAAAGAACGACCUUUUAAGUGUCCACUCUGUGAGCGGUGCUUCGGUCAACAAACAAAUCUCGAUCGACAUUUGAAAAAGCAUGAAGCUGACGCAGCUGGCAUUAGCAUUGGAAUGGGUGAUUCACCAUCAUCAAAUGAAGCUGAACGUGAAGACGCUUAUUUUGAUGAGAUUCGUUCGUUUAUGGGGAAAGUGACUUAUUCUGGCAAUCCUCAUUUAUAUGCACCGUUGGGAGAAACAAAUAUGGAAGCUGAUUUAGAUGAAGCGGCAAGCAGCAGUGACAACGACUUAAUAAAUAUUGAACACGAACAUAAUGACAAAGAUACAAUCAAUAAUAAUGAUCGAAUUGAAGUGACAACAUGA